GUUGAUCUUUCUCGGAACCGACUCGGUGGACGCGAUCGAUUGACUCGUUCUUUUUUUUGGAUCCUUGUUGACUCGGCGAGCUUGGCUAAGGAGACAUGGGAGGUGUGCCUUCAACGCCGCGAAACACCGGUGGUGAUGAUGUUUCGGUGGCGGAAUACCUCAUUGCGACUUUUGUUGGGGAGAAAUCGUUUCCUUUGGCGUCUGAUUUCUGGAACAAGCUCCUUGAGCUUCCGUUGAGUUCUCGGUGGCCUAGUGAUCGUGUUCAACAAGCCUGUGAACUUUUUGAACAAAGCAAUGGCUACACUAGGCACCUUGCAAAACUAUUGAUUCAUCUAUCUUGGUGUUUGCAAGAGCUUCUUCAAGCUUCUGAUGAUCAGUCUCCUCUCUAUAAGAAAGCUGUUAAUGCAACAUAUAUUUCAUCCGUCUUUUUGAAGUAUUUGAUUGAGAAUGGAAAAAGUGACAGUCUCCAGGAGUUGCAUCUCUCUCUGGACGAAAGUGAACCAGUCCCACAUGGCUUUGUAAUGGAUCAAGACAUCCAGAAUUUUGUCAUGCAUAGUGUGCUGAGCUUCAUUGGAUCAAAUGAAGUGAGUCCCAACUCGUAUGUUCUACAUCAGGAACUUCUGAACUUCAUGCUUGUUACAAUGUCGACACAGCUUCUUUCUGGACCAUCACCUGGACCAAGAGAUGUGAACCCUUUUAUUGAUGCAGCAAUGGCUCAGGAAAAGUCUAUAGUUUGUCUCGUAGUCAGAAGAUUGCUACUUAAUUAUAUUUCCCGACACCGUACUCCUCCAAAUGCAAAUUCCUAUAUGUAUUCUGAUGGAGAUUCACAAGGCAUUUUGGGAAGAGUUGGUUCUGCAGCUGCGAGUUUUGUGCUCUUGCCUUUGAAUUAUCUUGUAAGUAACAGUGGCGGAUCUAACAAUCCACUAGCGGAGUGCAGCCUUCAUGUUUUACUUAUCCUAAUUAACUAUCACAAGUCUGUCAUGAGUGAUGAGUCUAUGACGGAUAAAAGUGAUGACAGUGCUACCUCGGAAUCAGUUUCUAAAGUCCAUGUAUUUUCCUCUGGCAAUACUUUUAGCAAGGCUCUAGCAAAUGCUAGAGAUGUUGAAUUUGACCGCUCAGAUGUGGAGGGAAAUGCCCACCCUGCUGGUCCACAUGUUCGGAUACCAUUUGCUUCACUAUUUGAUACUCUCGGCAUGUGUUUAGCUGAUGAGGGCGCUGUCUUGCUCCUCUACUCACUGUUGCAAGGGAAUUCCGACUUUAAGGAGUAUGUGUUGGUGCGAACUGAUUUGGAUACUUUGUUGAUGCCCAUUCUGGAAACGCUAUAUAACGCUUCAAAGAGAACAUCAUCAAAUCAAAUAUACAUGAUGCUAAUUGUACUUCUCAUACUUAGUCAGGAUUCAUCUUUCAAUUCAAGCAUUCACAAGAUGAUACUGCCUAGCGUGCCAUGGUACAAGGAGCAUCUCCUUCAUCAGACGUCUCUUGGUUCUGUAAUGGUCAUUAUUCUCAUAAGAACAGUGCAGCAUAACCUUUCUAAACUUCGGGAUGUGUAUCUGCAGACUACUUGCCUUGCUACGUUGGCUAACAUGGCACCUCAUGCCCAUCAUUUAAGUGCAUAUGCCUCACAGAGGCUUGUCAGCCUUUUCUACAUGCUUUCUCGAAAGUAUAACAAGUUAUCGGGCCUGACAGGUGAUAAGGUCCAAAGCAUCAAAAUUAACUUGUCAGGAGAGGAUCUUGGCGUUUCAGAAGAUUUGGCAGCAGAGUUGCAGAUCUUUACUGAUUUCCUGAGACUUGUCCUAGAUAUAUUAAAUGCAAUUUUGACAUACGCAUUGCCGAGAAAUCCUGAGAUUGUCUAUGCGAUUAUGCACCGACAAGAAGUGUUCCAACCUUUCAAGAACCAUCCACAGUUCCAUGAGCUAGUGGAAAAUAUAUACACAGUCUUAGACUUUUUCAAUAGCCGGAUGGACUCUCAAAGAUCGGAUCGAGAAUGGUCAGUGCAGAAAGUUCUUCAAUUCAUCAUCAACAAUUGCCGGUCUUGGCGAGGUGAAGGCAUGAAGAUGUUUACUCAACUUCAUUUCUCAUACGAGCAAGAAAGCCACCCAGAAGAGUUCUUUAUUCCAUAUGUUUGGCAGCUAGCUUUUUCCCGAAGUGGAUUCAGUUUCAAUCCAGACGCCAUCAACUUAUUCCCAGUGCCACACCCAGCUGGAAAAGAGAUAGAAGACGGAAGAGGAGAAGAAUCGCAAGGGAAAGAGAAGUGGAGGUUUCUGAUUCGUUGCGGUACUUCAGCGGAAGCUAUUGGGUGCGUUGAAAUGGAAUCGAAGAUCAAAAAGCCUGUUAAUUUAAUCGAAGAUGAUGCAGACAUUGAUGGAGGUGCCGAGAGUGAUUCUACCAUUAGUAGCGUUAUAAGUUUGGAAGAUGAGUCGGUGGUUGAUGUUUCUGGUCAAAAUCUGGAGUUUUCUCUUCUAGAUAAUGUCGAUGAUUCGGUGAAAGGUCUCUACUUCUUCAGGAAUGUAUUCAAUUUGAUUCCCAAAUCGAUUGGAGGGCUUGGGAGGUUACGGAAGCUCAAGUUUUUCAGUAACGAGAUCGAUUUGUUUCCGCCUGAGUUAGGGAAUUUGGUGAAUUUGGAGUAUCUUCAGGUCAAGAUAUCGUCACCGGGUUUUGGGGACGGCUUGUCGUGGGAUAAGCUUAAGGGUUUGAAGGAGCUUGAGCUUACUAAAGUCCCAAAACGAUCUUCGGCUUUGACCCUUUUGAGCGAGAUUUCUGGGCUCAAGUGUUUGACGAGGCUCUCUGUUUGUCACUUCUCAAUUAGAUAUCUUCCUGCGGAGAUUGGAUGUCUUAAGAGUCUGGAGUAUCUGGAUCUCUCUUUUAACAAGAUCAAGAGUUUGCCUAACGAGAUAGGUUAUCUGAGUUCAUUAACGUUCUUGAAGGUUGCUCACAACAGACUGAUGGAGCUAUCACCGGUUUUAGCUUUAUUACAAAACUUAGAAAGCCUGGACGUAUCAAACAACCGAUUGACAAAUCUGCAUCCUCUCGAUCUAAGCUUGAUGCCUCGACUUCAAAUUUUAAAUUUACGGUACAAUAAGCUCCCGAGUUAUUGCUGGAUUCCGACAUGGAUACAUUGUAAUUUGGAAGGGAACUAUGAAGAGAUGGGCGUUGAUACUUGUAGCAGCUCUAUGGUUGAAAUGGAUGUAUUUGAAACCCCAUAUGAGAACAACACCAUGACCGUUCCUCAUAAAGGCUCCCACCGUAACCCUUUAAAUAUGUCAACUGGAAUCUCUUCCAUCAGUAGAUGCUUUUCGGCCCGAAAAUCAAGUAAGAGGUGGAAGCGGAGACAACAUUACUUCCAGCAAAGGGCAAGGCAAGAACGCUUGAAUAACAGCAGGAAAUGGAAAGGGGAAGUCCCUCCAGAAGGAUUAAGUCUGAAGAUGGAAGUCGAAGAAACUGGGAAACAGGGCAUGAAGGUUCCUCAGAACACUGACAGAGGUUCAGUUGAUAAAAUCUACUCGGGUGACAAUGAUAAACUGUUAGAAGAGGCUUCUGUCAUUACUUCUGAAGAGGAAGAGAGCAGUCUUAAAGCUAAUUUUGCUUCUGACAAUUCCCCAUGUGUGGAAACCCAAUUAACGAGUGAAAGGGAUAACGAUGAAAGUUGUGAGACCAAGGCAUCUUCUCCCUCUUCAGGAGAUGCACCUGGUACUGCAGACUAUAAUUCUUCUUCAGAGAGAAAGAAGCCAAAUAACAAGUCGAAGCGAUGUAGUGAGAAGUAUCUGGAUAACCCAAAAGGCUCUAAAUGCCAUAGACCAUCUACCGAUAUUGCUAAUUUAUCGCACAAAUACAGCAGAAACUCAUUUUGCAGCACAGAAGAUUCUCUACCUGAUGGCUUUUUUGAUGCUGGACGUGAUAGGCCCUUUAUGUCUCUUAGUAAAUAUGAGGAAAUUUUGCCUCUUGAUUCACGUGAAGUCAUACUCUUGGACAGGGCAAAGGAUGAAGUGUUGGAUGCAAUCACUCUCUCUGCUCGAACCUUGGUAGCUAGGUUGAAGAAAUUGAACUGUUUAACCCCAGAUGUAGAUCAAGUUUCCAUCGACAACUUGCAAGUUGCAUCAUUUCUUGCCCUUUUUGUAUCGGAUCACUUUGGGGGGAGUGACAGAACUGCUAUUAUUGAAAGAACCCGAAAGGCAGUGUCUGGUACAAACUACCAGAAACCCUUUAUUUGCACCUGUUUGACCGGGAACCAAGACGACUUGGCUGCUCUCAACAAACAGGUCUCAACGACGGCUGAAGAUGUCAUUUUGUCUGAUGUGUGUGAAAAAUCUCUGCGGUCUAUUAAGUCCAAGCGGAACUCUAUCGUGGUUCCUCUAGGGAAACUGCAAUUUGGUAUCUGUAGGCACAGGGCCUUGCUCAUGAAGUACCUUUGUGAUCGCAUGGAGCCUCCUGUACCCUGCGAACUUGUUAGAGGCUAUCUAGAUUUCAUGCCACAUGCCUGGAACAUUGUCCCUGUGAAGCAAGGUUCCUCAUGGGUUCGUAUGGUAGUUGAUGCUUGUCGUCCUCAUGAUAUCAGGGAAGACACAGAUCAAGAAUAUUUCUGCAGGUACAUUCCCCUUAAUCGGCUAAACGAAUCCAUUCGCUCAAAGGAAAAUUUGGAACCAGGAUGUUCUGUUUCUUCUCUGUCAACGGGCAAAGGAGUUGAAAGAGCUAAUAGUAGUCUUAUCCGAUGCAAGCUUGGCUCAACUGAAGCAGUUGUGAAGAUGCGUACAUUAGAGGUUUCUGGAGCUUCCUUAGAUGACAUUAGGACUUUUGAGUAUACUUGCUUAGGAGAAGUGCGGAUUUUAGGAGCGUUGAAACAUGACUGCAUUGUAGAGUUAUAUGGACAUGAGAUAACGUCCAAGUGGAUAACCUCUGAAAAUGGAGAUGAACAUCGACGCGUAUUGCAAUCUUCUAUUCUGAUGGAACACAUAAAAGGAGGAUCUCUGAAGGGACACAUUGAGAAGCUCUCGGAAGCUGGUAAGCACCAUGUUCCCAUGGAUCUAGCUUUGUCUAUUGCAAGAGAUAUCUCAGGGGCGUUAAUGGAGUUGCACUCAAAGGAUAUAAUUCACCGUGACAUAAAAAGCGAAAACGUUUUGAUCGAUCUGGACAAUCAAAGUGCGAAUGGAGAAGCCAUUGUGAAGCUUUGUGAUUUUGAUAGAGCUGUUCCACUUAGGUCUCACUUGCACGGGUGCUGUAUUGCCCAUGUGGGAAUACCUCCUCCUAAUAUCUGUGUCGGUACGCCACGAUGGAUGUCCCCUGAAGUCUUCAGAGCAAUGCAUGAACAAAACUUUUACGGACUUGAAGUGGAUAUCUGGUCAUUUGGUUGCUUAAUCUUCGAGUUGUUGACACUACAGAAUCCUUAUUUUGAUUUAUCUGAGCUUCAGAUUCACGAAUCCCUACAGAUGGGCAAAAGACCAAAGCUACCAAAGAAACUAGAGACACUGAGCUCUGAAACAGAGGAAGACGAAUCAACAAACAAACUCACAGAGUUUGACCUAACCGAAUCUGACUUAGACACAAUGAGAUUUCUUAUUGACGUGUUUCACCAGUGCACUGAGGAGUCUCCUUUAGACCGUCUAAACGCAGGAGACCUCCAUGAAAUGAUUCUUUCAUGGACAAAGAGAGAGUAAAUCUCCUUCAGGUACUUCCAUUUCUUGACAAAGCUCAAGCCUUUAAAAGGCUUUGAAGCUUAAAAGAGAGAAGAUAGAAAGAUUGAGUCUCAGUUUCUUAAGAUUAGAUUUAUGGCCAACAAUUUGGGCCUAAAGCUUCGUAAGCUUAUGGAAACCACAGAACGAUAGGUGGUAAUUAUUUCUUGUAACCUGGUUUGUUUCUUCAUUUUGUAACCCCCAAAAGUGUUCUUAGAUUGUAUCAUUUGAUUCUGUAGACACCAUUGUAUCAUUCUUCUUCCAACUUUUAUUUAAACAAAGAGCAUAUGAACCA